UAUGCUAUGACUGGCUUCAGACUCCCCAUCACUGCUUUUAGAAAACUAAAUGUCUGGUUUGGACUGUGGGAGAAAUUCCCCUCUAAUAAACUGUAUCUCUCUUGGCGGAGGAGUGUAUUCUGUAGCUGUCAAGCCAACACAGCAAACUACAUGAGAUGUUUCAGCUUUUCCCCGGUAAAACUCUGCGCACUAAGACUUUCUCCAGAGUGUAUCUGGGUGCUUUCUCUGCGGAACAAAAGUAACAAGAGCUCUAAAAGUAGCAGACAAACUGUACAAGAGGAAGAAGAGGAGGAAGAUGCAGAGGAAAGAGAUUUGGAGGAUGAAUUUGAAGAUGACCCCAACGUAGUAAAAGAUUACAAAGAUCUUGAAAAAGUCGUACAGUCUCUUCGAUAUGAUGUGAUCAUGAAAGCUGGUCUGGACGUUGCAAGAAAUAAAGUAGAAGAUGCAUUCUACAAUAAUGAACUCAGGCUGAAUGGAGAAAAACUAUGGAAGAAAAGUAGAACUGUGAAAAUUGGUGACACGCUGGAUCUCAUAGUAGGUGAAGAUAAAGAAACGGGAACCGCUGUAGUGAUGCGGGUAGUCUUAAAAAAAGUCUCCAACAAAACUGAAAGUGAAAAAUACAAAGUAAUUUUGAGGCGUUGGAAAAACUUAAAAGUGCCCAAACAGGAUGUACUUAAGUAACGGGGUUGCAUGCGGCAGCGUAAGAUUUUUUGCGGAAAGCUGUGUUAAAUACGAAUUUUGGUUAAACAAAAUUACAGCAAGUACCCCUUUGUAAGGGUUUGUGUUAGAUGUUACCUGCCUCUGCUGCGGACGUC